AUGGGAUCAAGUCCAAGUAAACACAAGACAAUUGUGAGAACUAAAUCGGAACCACAGUUGCGGAUUCCCCUAAACGGACAUGUUCCCGUGAGGAGAGCGAUCAGUGCGUUCUCGACUCAGAGAACAACUCUGCCCACGGACUCUUUCAAAUUAUCCCUAAAGAAUUCUGAGGAUCCUAAUUUCGAUAUUCCGGAGGAAGAAUACAGAGACGGUCAACUUGGCAUUUCUAAUCCAAAGCAUAUAAAAAAAAAACUCCGUCGCCUUCGGAAUGAUGAGUUGUUUUGUGAUCAGGACUUCCCUGCUGACCAUAAUGCCCUUUACUACAGUGACCGGUCAGACACAGGUAUCCUGUGGAAGAGACCUAAGGACCUUGUUGGAGAGUGGCAGGAACCGUACCUGGUAAAAGAUGGUGUUACCCGUGAUGAUAUCAAACAAGGUAUCCUGGGAGACUGCUGGUUUCUAUCAGCUUGUGCUGCUGUAUCACAAAGAGAAAACUAUAUGAAGAAAAUUGUUCCUGGAGACCAACCUCUGUUUGGGGAGGGCUACAAAGGAAUUGUCCACUUCCGUUUCUGGCGCUUUGGUCAGUACGUGGAUGUUUAUGUGGAUGACCGGUUACCGACCAUUGAUGGGAAGUUGAUCUAUGCACAGUGUACAGAUCCUACAGAGUUCUGGGUGGCACUCAUAGAGAAAGCUUAUGCCAAACUGCACGGUUCCUACGAGGCUAUAGAGGGUGGUCAAGCAAUGAAUGCCUUGGUGGAUCUGACUGGGGGUCUAGCAGAGCGCCACGAGGUCAUCAACAAAGAUCCAGUCUUGUACCGACUUAUCGAUCGUGCAAUCAUGUCUGAGGCUUUCGUGGCAUGCUCUAGGAAGGGAGAUUGGAGAUUAAGUACAAAAGCUGAUCCUAAUGGACUGGUGUCUGGACAUGCUUACACAGUCAUAGACAUCAGGAAGAUAAAACAUGAGAAAGGUGAGGAAAAAUUGGUACGGAUCAGAAAUCCAUGGGCAGACAGCAAUGAGUGGAAGGGAUCCUGGAGUGACAAUGACAUAAAUUGGCACUGGGUGGAUGAUGAGACAAAGAAGGAGAUUGGCUUGCAGCUCAAGGAUGAUGGUGAAUUCUGGAUGUCAUAUAGAGAUUUUUGUAAACAUUUCCAAGAGGUUACAAUAUGUCUAACAGGGCCAGACUUUGAUGGAGACGGAAGAGCUGAUAACUGCCAUGUAGAGAUGAGGAAAGGGGAGUGGGUCCUGGGUAGGACUGCUGGAGGAUCAAGAAAUGAUCUUGUCAUGUUCUCCAGGAACCCACAAUAUGUUCUCACUUUGUCAGAGCCAGAUGACUUUGAUGAGAUGAAGGAUGACCCGGAGAGGGAGGGACUUUGUACGAUUCUUAUAUCACUGAUGCAGGAACACCGUAGAUCCAAGCGUAAUGUCAAGGUUAAAAGUCUCCAAAUCGGCUUCUUCCUUUAUAAGACGCAAGAUCCAACUGUGAGGCUGAACAUCCAACAUUUCCGGUUUCAUCGUGACUGUGGUAAAUCCGGGGUGUACAUCAACUACCGUGAGGUCAGUCAGAGGUUUGAACUAGAGCCUGGUCACUAUGUUAUCAUUCCUUCCACGUUCGUUGUUGAUGAAUCUUGUUUCAUGCUGAGAGUGUUUGGAGAAAAGAAAUUUAGUUUUACUGGGUGA